UACAAGAUUUCUCGACUUAUUGUCCAACUGACCAGAUUCUCUCCCCCUUUUAGUUCUCUUCAAGACUCUUUGCAUCACAGUUAUCCGUUUUCGAUUUUUUUUGGCCGUUCAUUAACCGUGUGGAUGAUGCUCAAGUGACGUACCUAUACAGACCCAGGCUUUUCUAUUCCUUCAGUUCCGACGACGACGUCCGUACGCUGGGGUUUCCCGCACUGACCGAGCCCCCGGGUUACGCGGUCCAGAGGUCCCAUGGUACAAGUCGUACAGAUCUUAGCCGAGAAAAACCACAACGCUAUCUGUCCCUUGAUUCUUCCUCUUUCUUGGUGACCUUCAUUCUUUCUUAUUUGUGUUAUACUCUGUCCCUCUCACCCUUUGCUUCACCCUACGGCCUUCAUAUCCGCUGGAACGGACUUUUUGGCGUUGGCAUCGGGCUCACGUGCUGCCAUUGCAUUCAAAACAAUAUACUUCGGGAACCGGGCUUGGAAACCGUCACUAUGAUCACGAUCUAAAACCCAAAUCACAGGUUGUCCUUGCGCGAGUUUGCGCCCGUCGUUGAUAGAAUCUCAUUUUUGGUCGGCUGUUUAGGUUUUGCAAUUUUCGGGGCAUCUUCAAUCCAAGAGUGUUCGGAAAGAACUCAAAACAUCUGCUGGACUGAAAGAGGCUCUGGUAUUUAUAUACGCCAUCUACACCAUGGCUGCUACAAGUACCGACAGGAUUACUCCUGUAUCUGGAGUAGCCUUACCGGUGAGUCCGGCCUCUUCAGCAGGCCAGAUACCCUUGGAUCAACCUCCAAAACUCAAAGGACGACAUAAAUUGCUGCAAAGCCUCCAACGCAUCUCAUCGAGCCCCAGUCUGAAACGCGGCCGCUCCCAUUCGACUGGCUACCGCCGGGAUGGAAAAGCUUCAUUGUCCUGUGUCUCGCUAGGACACUCCGCAUAUAAUCCUUGCCUCGGUAACGGAAGCUCAUCGCAACUCUAUGGGGGAUUGAAUGUGCGCCCAAUGACUUCUGGUCAGGCUGGCCCAGCAGAAGAACAUGAGGGAAAUGCUCGAAUCCGUCUUGUUGGGUCCGACUCACCAAAUACUGCUCAGUCAAGGUCAGUCCCUGUGCCGACCGAGCUGAGACCAGGUUCCCUUGGAUCGCCGCUAGGAAGUACCGAUGUAAUCCAGGAAACUGCUGUCGUUCAGCCCGCAUCGAAGCCCAAGAAGGCCUUUGAUUUCUGGGGAAGCAUGCCCGGAGAGCUCAGAAUGCUGAUCUUUAGCUAUCUAACUCCCCGGGAAAUUGUCCGCUGCGCUGUCGUCUCCAAAGCCUGGAACAAGAUGUGCUUUGAUGGGCAGUUGUGGGCUGCAAUUGACACUACAGAUUACUAUCGCGAUAUCCCUAGUGAUGGUCUCGUGAAGAUCAUCGCAUCUGGCGGCCCAUUCGUCCGGGAUCUUAACCUCCGUGGUUGCGUUCAGUUGCGAGAGAAAUGGAAAUCUGAAGGCAAGCGCAUUACCGACUUGUGCCGGAACGUUGUUAAUUUCUCCCUCGAGGGCUGCCGUAUCGAUAAGACUUCCAUGCAUUAUUUCCUUUUACGAAAUCCUCGUUUGGAGUACAUCAAUGUCUCGGGAUUGAGCAGUGUAACGAAUUCGGCCAUGAAGAUCAUUGCUCAAUCAUGCCCACAGCUUGAAAUUCUGAAUGUGUCUUGGUGUUCGGGCGUGAAUACAAAUGGGUUGAAGAGAAUCAUUAAGGAAUGCCCGAAGUUGAAAGACCUGGGAGCCAGCGAAAUUCGCGGCUUUGACGAUGAGGAGUUUGCGCAGGAACUAUUCAAACGAAAUACCCUGGAACGCCUGAUUGUCAGUCGCACUGAUAUUACUGAUGAGUGCUUGAAGAUUCUCGUGCACGGUAUUGAUCCCGAAAUGGAUGUGCUGCUCGAUCGACCCAUUGUACCUCCUCGGCAAUUGAGACACCUAGAUCUGCAUCAAUGUCAUGAUUUGACGGAUAAUGGAGUGAAAAGUCUCGCUUACAAUGUUCCCUACCUCGAGGGCCUGCAGCUCUCUCAGUGCACCGAGCUUAGCGACGACUCUGUUAUCGCUGUCAUCCGUACCACGCCUCGCCUAACUCAUCUUGACAUUGAGGAUAUCGAAAGGCUCACCAAUAGCACCCUCCUAGAAAUCGCAAAGGCGCCGUGCGCCGAACACCUAGAACACCUUAACAUUAGUUACUGUGAAGCCCUCGGUGACCCUGGAAUGCUUCAAGUUAUGAAGAACUGCCCUUCUCUCCGCUCUGUUGAAAUGGAUAACACUCGAGUUUCCGACCUUACUUUGAUGGAAGCCAGCUACCGUGUCCGCAAGCGAGGUUACGGUGAAGACCUACCUCGUGUUGGUUUGCGCUUGGUUAUUUUCGACUGUGCCAACGUUACUUGGGCUGGUGUAAAAGAGGUUCUUUCAAGCAAUGCCUAUGUUCCACGUUCUCGCAAGUCGUUACAAGCUACAUCAGCUAUAUCAGUUGUAGCACAGGCUGUUGUACCUCACGGAUCGACAGAUACAAAGACACUAAUUACAUCUUCUAUCACACCCCCACCACAGCCUUCGGUAUACCCCAACGAGAUCAUCCAGCUCAAAUGUUUCUAUGGAUGGCAGAUGACAGUGAACGAGCAUAACAAGCGAGUCCUGAGAGGGGAUCUUGCUGCCGCAAACCGUCUAGAUCGGAAAUGGGCUGAUUACAUGAUGGCUACGGAAGAAGCAGGUGCGGCAGGUGCUGGUGCUAGAAGAAGACGGCGUCGAGCUCGUGAAGCCGAGAGAAUCUACAAUGCUGACGAUGAAGGUGACGACGCCUAUGGUGCUGGGGGCAUUUCCACCCUUGGGGGAAGACGCAGGAGAGCACACAGUGGUGGGUCCUGUCUCGUCAUGUGAGGAAGUCAUUUUUCGCUUUUCUUCUUCUUUUCUUUACCUAGUCUUCACGUUGAACACAAAGCAUCUACAAGCGUGCUUGUAAAGAUGUCUCCGUGUGUGAAAACUCAUUCUUUCAGCUACGAGGUUCUGGCAACCUUGUUGAAUGCGUUUGC